UAGUCGCGGGAGAGCAGAGAGCGGAGGGUGGAGCCCCAGCCCCGGGCCCAGCGGAAUGGAGGCGGGUUCGGGCGCGGCUCGGAGCGAGGUAGAUCGGCUGCUGCGGCUACCGCGGCGGUGAUCGAAGAGCGGCGGAGCCCCUGCGACCCGUGGCGGAGGCUCCGCGAUCCAAAUGUCCCGCUCGCAGAGCGAAGUGGGCGCACGGCUCGGGGCCACCGCCAUGGCUGGCAUGGAGCGGUGGCGGGACCGGCUGGCAUUGGUGACGGGAGCUUCGGGGGGCAUCGGCGCGGCUGUGGCCCGGGCCCUGGUCCAGCAGGGACUGAAGGUAGUGGGCUGUGCCCGCACCGUGGGCAACAUCGAGGAGCUGGCUGCUGAAUGUAAGAGUGCAGGCUAUCCUGGGACUUUGAUCCCCUACAGAUGUGACCUAUCCAGCGAGGAGGACAUCCUCUCCAUGUUCUCGGCCGUCCGCUCUCAGCACAGUGGUGUGGACAUCUGCAUCAACAAUGCUGGCUUGGCCCGGCCCGACACCCUGCUCUCAGGCAGUACCAGUGGCUGGAAGGACAUGUUCAAUGUGAACGUGCUGGGCCUCAGCAUCUGCGCCCGGGAGGCCUACCAGUCCAUGAAGGAGCGCAAGGUGGAUGACGGGCAUAUCAUUAACAUCAACAGCAUGUAUGGUCACCAAGUGUCACCCCACUCAGUGAUCCAUUUCUAUAGUGCUACCAAGUACGCCGUCACCGCGCUGACAGAGGGACUGAGGCAAGAGCUUCGGGAGGCCCAGACCCACAUCCGAGCCACGUGCAUCUCUCCAGAAGUGGUGGAGACACAGUUCGCCUUCAAACUCCACGACAAGGACCCUGAGAAGGCAGCUGCCACCUACGAACGCAUAAAGUGUCUCAAGCCUGAGGAUGUGGCCGAGGCUGUCCUCUACGUCCUUAGCACCCCUCCACACGUCCAGCCUUGUGCCUUCCAACAGAUUGGAGACAUCCAGAUGAGGCCCACGGAGCAGGUGAUCUAGUUUCCUGUGGGGCGCUCUGCCUUCCCUUCCUGCCCCUUACAGCUUGGCUCCUGCCUCUGGAUUUUAGGUGUUGAUUUCUGGACUCCUGGAUUCCAUUUCCUCUCCCCACCCCACCAGGGCCUAGAAAACUCGAAGUUUUUAUAUCUUAUCAAAUUGUUCCCAUCACAAAUAUGAACAGUGAGUUGGGGAGAGGAGGUGGUGUCCCUGAUUAUUUUACCUGUUAACUCAUUCUUGGUCCCCUUCUUAGGCUCCUUGGCCUUUGUUUGCUCUCUUCCGUCUCUUCCUUUUGAUCUGGGGAAGGGACUGUGGCCAAAAGCGGGGCUUCCCCCUGAAGGAAG